CCCACGAAACCGCAGCUUUGCCUCACAGACUGAAACACCGGGACAGCGGAGUCAGAUCCUCCAGAGUGAGCGCAGCAGUGAGGAUGUUCAGAUGAACUGACACUGACAAUAACAGCCACGAGACCAAGGAAAGACCCGGGACUGUCGAGUCGGCGGCUCGUCCUCAGUCAACUGCGUUUCCUUCACCGGGAUCCAAAGGGAACAUGAAAGGUGGUCGGUGUUAAAGCGAGCUGGCACAAUCUGGAACAGUGUUGGACUGGACUGAGACAUUGUUGUCUGCAGCUCGUUGUUUAUCACUCACUCACUCACUCACUCAUUGGACUGAAUUUCCCACCAAGACUCGACUCACUGGAGAACGACGUGUUUAUGGAUUUACGCAUGAGGAGCACCGGGAGCUGCUAUACGCACAUUAUGGUGACACCUUUAUGCUUCUCUGAUAGUAAACUAAAAUAAUCCAGUCUAAUAAAGACCAAGUGGUUCAAAGACAGAAACUCAGACUGACCUCUGGAGGAAGUGGGAAGCGCCUUUUUCUCCAUUCCUUGUUUUUUAUUUCAAACCAAAGACGUCAGGACGGAUCUCUUUUCACUCAGCUCUCCUUCUGUGAUUUAAACAAAGAUCCAAAGUGUUUGGGGAUAGCAUGGCAAUGGUAGUAAACCAGUGGCCAGAGAACAUUUCUGCAGAUCCGGGCUCCCAGCUCCAGAUUUGCGGUCAGGAGCCCGGCGGGGCACCGGGGACACCCAACGGCUCCACGCCGGGGAAUGACGCACUUUCUGGGGACAAGAUCCCCAACGUGGACUGCAUGGUGUGCGGGGACAAGUCCAGUGGGAAGCACUACGGUCAGUUCACCUGCGAGGGAUGCAAAAGCUUCUUUAAGCGGUCGGUGAGGCGGAACUUGACCUACACCUGCCGGGGGAACCGAGACUGUCCCAUCGACCAGCACCACCGGAACCAGUGUCAGUACUGCAGGCUGAAAAAGUGCCUCAAAGUGGGCAUGAGGAGAGAAGCUGUACAACGAGGACGCACAUCCAACUCUCAGACCAGCCCGGGACAGUAUCUGACCAACGGCACUGACCCAUACAACAGCCAACCCUACCUGUCCGGCUUCAUCUCUCUGCUGCUGCGCGCUGAGCCCUAUCCCACAUCUCGCUACGGGGCCCAGUGCAUGCAGGGAAACAACCUCAUGGGCAUUGAGAACAUCUGUGAACUGGCAGCCAGGUUGCUGUUCAGUGCUGUGGAGUGGGCAAAGAACAUCCCCUUCUUUCCUGAUCUGCAGCUCAUGGAUCAGGUGGCACUGCUGCGCAUGUCAUGGAGCGAGCUGUUUGUCCUGAAUGCAGCGCAGUGCUCGAUGCCGCUGCAUGUGGCGCCCCUGCUGGCAGCAGCCGGCCUGCAUGCCUCGCCCAUGUCAGCAGAGCGCGUGGUGGCUUUCAUGGACCACAUCCGCGUCUUCCAGGAGCAGGUGGAGAAGCUGAAGGCCCUCCAGGUGGACACGGCGGAAUAUUCUUGCCUCAAGUCCAUUGUGCUCUUCACGUCCGAUGCUAUGGGGCUCUCCGAUGUUGCCCACGUGGAGAGCAUUCAGGAGAAAUCUCAGUGUGCCCUGGAGGAGUACGUAAGAAACCAGUAUCCCAGCCAGCCAAACCGCUUCGGGCGCCUCCUGCUCCGCCUGCCCUCCCUGCGAAUCGUCUCGUCUCCGGUCAUCGAGCAGCUGUUUUUUGUGCGCCUGGUUGGCAAGACACCCAUCGAGACACUGUUGCGUGACAUGCUGCUGUCGGGCUCCAGCUACAACUGGCCCUACAUGCCCGCCGUGCAGCGCGAGCGACCGCUCUCCCUCCACUAUAACGAGAACGGGCCGUGAACCAGGUGGAGAAGAAGCCGCAGGAGAAAGUCACACCGAGCUUCCAUCUGAUACUUGUAUCCGCGCUUUUCUCCUCGUCGUCCUCACCAUUCCACUCAAGAAAACCACACUGACGGUACAGCCCGUUACUGUCCCGCGUCCAUAAACCAGCCAGUCAUUUUACCCAUAGACCACCGCUGCAGAAGCAUGGCGGUCCACUGCAGACCGCCACCACGACGUCCAUGUUUGAGAUGGAGCGUGAGAUGGAGCGUGAGACGGAGCGGUUGGUAGAAGAGGUUUUUGCACACUGCACCAGCAGGUCUGUUGGACUCACACACACACACACACACACACACAAACAGAGACUGAAGAAAACCAGAAAACUAAAAAGACGUUUGCUCUGCCGACGUUCACACGGGCCGCGUACAAGCGUCGCAGUGCGGUCAACACCAAGCAAGGGCUCACCAGACUCUACAAGCAAGAGCACGAGGCCCGCGGUGAACUGACUCGUUUUUGACAAAACAAAAAACCCUGAAGCCAUUAAAAAAGACAAAUGCCAAAAUGUCUUGGACUUUUGCAGAGGACGUGUUUUAUUGUGUGUUUGUAUUAGCACUGUUUAUAUGGAGAGAAGAAUACUUAUGACUGUGUCCAUACGUACGUACAGCAUACCAUUGAUUCAUAGACAUCCACAGCAUAUUAGGCUUCUAUGGGAAAAGCUCAGGUUCAAAGGGUGGGGGCGCGCGCACACACACACGCACACAUACACACACACACAUGCCAAUAUCAGUACAAGUAGAAAAAAAAAAUACAAGAAACCCAGCAAAAUUCACAUUGAACAGCAGCCUGUGCCAAAGCUGAAAAUGCAUAUUGUUUGGAUUUAUUUGUAUUUUUUUGCAGUAGAGUUGGUGAUGAAAAGUAAUGUUUGGUUUGUUUAUAAUUUGAUUGUAUACUUGUUUCGGGGGGGAGAGGAGUUUGUAAAACAUAAAUACAAAAAUAAAAGCAGAGGCACUUGCAUUGUAAUCUGAACCCACACUUAUUAUCUCCUGUAAAAUCACAGCACUGGUAGAUUCCUAUUACCCUGGUGUCAUUUGUUCAAAAAGCCCAUGUUAAUUCUCCUCCGUGACGUUCUCACAGGAGGGACACAACUCUUUUUGUCAUGAUUGUUAGUAUCGGGAGGGGGUGUUUUUUUACAAAAGUAGGUGUACUUGCCUUAGAACAAACAUUUUGUCACUGAGCAUUUACUGUAUCUUAUGACUGUGCCAUAAUCGCUCGUUACCUGUUAUAACAGGUAUUAUGUCCUGUCAGCAGAGGAAAUGAACUCAUAUGACGUAAAGAAAAUUGAUCACGUGCGCACAAUGUCAUCGCAGACGUCAACUUCAAAUAGAAAGAAAACCCUGUGAGAAUAAUAUCAUCAGCACUUUCAUUUUUUUUAGACUUCAUGUAAGUUCUUUUCCACGUCCUGAUGAUAUUUUCAUCUUCGACUCAUGUCAUUUGAAUUCAUUGUACCGAUACUGUAGACAAAUGUACCACUAACCUCUGAAAACCUCAGUCUAUGUUACAAUAUAACCCCAGUUGGACUAAUGACUGUGACCUAGCGUAGGACUUGUUGAAGUCGUUUUUAUUUGAUUUGAUUUUUAUUCCCGUUGAAUAAAAGAAUUGUUUUGACAACCUGUA